UCACACUGUCAUGGAUACUCCUGGAUUUUGAUUCCACGCAUACUUCAGAAAACAUGCUGGCUCUAACAUGUAUUCAAAACCGGGAGAAAAUGUGACCACUACUCCAUUCUAUCCACAGCCGGACAAUUCACUCCCGAUCCACACCCGAGACACCUAUCUACUGAUUGCGACAUUCGUUUCUGUCCUCAUCAUCAUGGGAAUCGUAAUUGCGUUUAUUAACCGGAAGUGUCGUGAUUCCUUGUCCAAGGCGAGAUUUCGUCUGCUCCAUCUUCGACACCACGAUGUCUUGACGACAGGUCACAGGAGGAGGCAUCGGAGAACUAGUACAAAAUCCAUGACGCACCAUAUUCACAGUUUACAUGACCCAUACAGUCCUGUGUACAGCAAAGAGGUAAACGCCCCUGUGUCUUUUUUCACUGAGAAUAGAACAGUUCCAAAACAACUUAAAAGAAAAAUGGGUUCCUCUGACUCCAUGUACGAGUCUGGAAGUUGCAGUAGCGGCGCAGAGCUGGAUUCUGGUAUAUCUGUGAUUUCCAGUAAAACGGAGAUCCCAACAUGUUCAAUGCCGGAAUGUCGCUCAUUAUAUGACAAAGCAAGAAAGAAAAGAAGCAAGCCAGAACUAUGUCUAGCGCCAGAUGUUAAGUUGGUAAGGGUACUUAUGCCGGAGACAUUGGAACAAGGAGACAACGAAGUUCCUAGUGCCAAGGAUAAUGGUUUCAUUUAUCAUCAGCAUGGGAAAAUGUCAAAGAAGGGAACAAUUGGUAACCCUAAACGUUAUUCUGUGCACCUGGAUGUAUCGGACAAUAACAGGACAUUGCGUUCUAGGUUAUCUAAAUGUGGACUCGGUGAAAUCACAGUUCACAGUACAGGAAGUCCUGGAAGGAAACAUUUAGAUGAAUUUGAUCAUCAGUCUUCAUUUGAUGUGAUUUCGAUGAGCAGCAUCGAAGAACCUGUGGAUGAAAAUUUUAAUAGCGCCCAGAUCAAAGGUAUUCACGAACUAUUCCACAGCAAUACAUUAACGUCUUGCAGGAACUCAAAAUGUGACAAGGAAACAAAAAUAAUCGCAAGUCUCAAAAGUGAAAAUGGCUUUUCUGACGGAAAACAAACCCUUCGUAAGCCCGGUACUUGGACAUCUAAAAGUAGUUCCAUUUAUAAACCGUCUUUCAUAUCAUCAUCUGGUUCAUUUUCUUCGAAUCAUGACCACAAUUCAGACCAAAGUGUGUUCAAAUUCAAAAAUGACACGACGUCACAUAAUUGCAUGGAAAACCAGACAGGUUUGAAUAGUCUUCUACCGUCUUUUCAGGAAUUCGGAGAAUUUCUAGAAGAAAGGAGACGGAAGCUCUCCAAUUAA